AUGGAUACCGGGAACGUUCUUAAGAAGGAACAAUUAAUAAAACUACUCGAAGAAAUGCCUUCUGGCUAUAUUAAACCCACAUUUCCACCCUCGCCACAGCCACCCGCCUAUAAAAAGAUGGGAGUGCUUAUUGACAUUGCGGAAAUUGUGGAUGCGUCGUUCAAACCCAGCAAACCUAGCAAUAACAAUUAUAGCACUAGUAAAUCUUACAUUUGCUCAGAAUGUAAAAGAAUCUUGCCCACCGCUCAUUUAUUGGACUUACAUAUUACUGAACAGCAUGAUUUCUAUUUUGCCGCCAGCGUGGAGCGGGGCAACAGGCCCAUGUAUUCGUGUUACCUGGAGGAAUGCACGCUGAAAUUCACAACAGUCAAGGAGCGAAAGGAUCAUUGCAUUACAGAGCACAAGUUCCCGGCCAACUAUAGAUUCGACCAAGGAAAAGGUAAAGGAAAAAGAAAGGGCAAGGCAUCCACUUCCGAUCUUUCUAUGGAUACUGAUGAGAUUGCAACGGCUUGUCAUACCAUCAAAGCCUUCACUUUUGGCCAUCAUAAUCAGCGAGCAUUCAACACACGUCCCCCAAAGAGCAACGGAAAAGGCCUUGAAGAUGUCCAGGACAUUAAAGAGGCUCUCGAUGAUAUCAUGGAUUAA